GACGGAAGACCAGAAAAAGAAGGAAGAUCAGAAAAAGUCGAAUACCAAGAACGGACAGAAGAUCAGAGAAAGACAGAAGACCAGAAAAAGACAGAAGACAGAGAAAAACAGAAGACCAGAGAAAGACAGAAGACAGAGACAGACAGAAGACCAGAGUAAGACUAAAGACAAAAGAAAGAAAGAAGACCAAACCAAAUGAAAGACCAGAGACAGAUAAAAGACCGGAGAAAGGUAGAAGACCAGAAAAAGAAAGAACACCAUAAAAAGACAGAAGACCAGAGUAAGACAGAAGACCAGAGAAAGUCAGAAGACCAGAGACAGAUAGAAGAUCAGAAAAAGACGGAAGACCAGAAAAAGACAGAAGACAGAGAAAGACAGAAGACCAGAGAAAGUCAGAAGACCAGAGACAGAUAGAAGAUCAGAAAAAGACGAAUACCAAGAACGGACAGAAGAUCAGAGAAAGACAGAAGACCAGAAAAAGACAGAAGACAGAGAAAAACAGAAGACCAGAGAAAGACAGAAGACAGAGACAGACAGAAGACCAGAGUAAGACUAAAGACAAAAGAAAGAAAGAAGACCAAACCAAAUGAAAGACCAGAGACAGAUAAAAGACCGGAGAAAGGUAGAAGACCAGAAAAAGAAAGAACACCAUAAAAAGACAGAAGACCAGAGUAAGACAGAAGACCAGAGAAAGUCAGAAGACCAGAGACAGAUAGAAGAUCAGAAAAAGACGGAAGACCAGAAAAAGACAGAAGACAGAGAAAGACAGAAGACCAGAAAAAGACAGAAGACAGAGAAAGACAGAAGACCAGAGAAAGUCAGAAGACCAGAGACAGAUAGAAGAUCAGAAAAAGACGGAAGACCAGAAAAAGAAGGAAGAUCAGAAAAAGUCGAAUACCAAGAACGGACAGAAGAUCAGAGAAAGACAGAAGACCAGAAAAAGACAGAAGACAGAGAAAAACAGAAGACCAGAGAAAGACAGAAGACAGAGACAGACAGAAGACCAGAGUAAGACUAAAGACAAAAGAAAGAAAGAAGACCAAACCAAAUGAAAGACCAGAGACAGAUAAAAGACCAGAGAAAGGUAGAAGACCAGAAAAAGAAAGAACACCAUAAAAAGACAGAAGACCAGAGUAAGACAGAAGACCAGAGAAAGUCAGAAGACCAGAGACAGAUAGAAGAUCAGAAAAAGACGGAAGACCAGAAAAAGACAGAAGACAGAGAAAGACAGAAGACCAGAAAAAGACAGAAGACAGAGAAAGACAGAAGACCAGAGAAAGUCAGAAGACCAGAGACAGAUAGAAGAUCAGAAAAAGACGAAUACCAAGAACGGACAGAAGAUCAGAGAAAGACAGAAGACCAGAAAAAGACAGAAGACAGAGAAAAACAGAAGACCAGAGAAAGACAGAAGACAGAGACAGACAGAAGACCAGAGUAAGACUAAAGACAAAAGAAAGAAAGAAGACCAAACCAAAUGAAAGACCAGAGACAGAUAAAAGACCGGAGAAAGGUAGAAGACCAGAAAAAGAAAGAACACCAUAAAAAGACAGAA